AAAGCUGAAGUCGACUGUGCUUUGUAAAACUGGCUCACCGACCCUCGGGACCUGCAGUGCCUCUGGAUUCCAGCCUCCGGGUCUCCACGCCAGACAGUCUGAGCAUGCGAGUCACACUUGCUGUGACAGCCUGGAUGCUCUCUGUGGUCUCCAGUUCUUCCUCUCCAGCAAAUACUUUGCCAGAUAUCGAAAAUGAAGAUUUCAUCAAAGACUGUGUUCGAAUGCACAACAAGUUCCGAUCAGAAGUGACUCCAAAAGCCAGUGAUAUGCUAUACAUGACUUGGGACCCAGUACUAGCCCAGAUUGCAAAAGCAUGGGCAAGGAACUGUCAGUUUGCACACAACAUACAGCUGAAGCUUCCCCACAAGCUGCACCCAAAUUUCACUUCACUGGGAGAAAACCUCUGGACUGGGUCUCUGUACCUCUUUUCUGUGUCUUCAGCCGUCACAGACUGGUACAACGAAAUUCAGUACUAUGACUUCAAGACUCAGAAAUGUGACAAGGUCUGUGGCCAUUAUACCCAGAUUGUUUGGGCAGAUAGUUACAAAGUUGGCUGUGCAGUACAGUUUUGUCCUCAAGUUUCUGGCUUUGAAGGUCUUCGCAAUGGAGCACAUUUUAUAUGCAACUAUGGACCAGCAGGCAAUUACCCAACCUGGCCAUAUAAAAAAGGAUCCACAUGCAGUGCCUGCCCCAGUAACGACAACUGUCUGGACAAUCUCUGCGCUAACCCACAACGAGACAAAGUGACACGUUACUACUCUGUUGUGUUUCCAGACUGGCCAAUAUUUCCACGUAACAGAUACACAUCUCUUUUCCUCAUUGUUACUCCACCAAUCCUAAUACUGAGUGUUAUAAUUAUCAGUUUGGUCAGGCACAAAUACCCUCAUUUAGUUCUUCUGAACUAAUACAAUCCAGGGGGGAAAAAGCCUCAUUC